AGCAGCUAGUGCUGCCUGGUUGUGGCGCGCGGGGGAAGGUGGGAAGAUGGCGGCGCCUGGCGAUGGAGUUGGGGGCGUCUGUAAACAUCACGCGCAGCAGAACGUUUGCGACUCGCGCGCCAAGUACCGAGAGGGGCGCAGGCCCCGCGCAGUGAAGGUGUAUACUGUCAACUUGGAAUCUCGUUAUUUGCUAAUACAGGGAGUUCCUGCUUUGGGCGUUAUGAAGGAAUUAGUGGAACAAUUUGCAUUAUAUGGUGCCAUUGAAGAGUACAAUGCUUUAGAUGAGUAUCCAGCAGAACAAUUUACAGAAGUUUAUCUUAUCAAAUUCCAAAAAUUACAGAGUGCAAGGGUAGCCAAGAGAAAACUGGAUGAACGGAGUUUCUUUGGUAGUUUGCUUCAUGUGUGUUAUGCUCCAGAAUUUGAAACAGUCCAAGAGACUAGGGAGAAGCUGCAAGACAGGAGAAAGUAUAUUGCAAGAGCAACAAGUAAUAAAGUUCAUUUUGUGGUAAAGAAGAUACAGGAGCCUAAAAAAACUGUUUCAAAGAACUCAGAACAUAACUUUCAACCAGAAACCUUAGGAUUCAGUGCAGUGGAUGCAAACAUUGGGAACUGGGAUCCAUCUGCAUGUUGUCCUUACCAGCCAUCUUGUGAAUUUUCAUCAAGAAACACAGCAUGUCCUUCAGGAGGUCACUUUCAGAGGGUGUUGGCAUUCCCUCAAUAUGUCAGUAACUGUGCUGAAACUUCUGAAUCCUUUUGUCAAAGUAAACCUUUGACUCGAAGUGCACAACAGGGGGGAUAUACCAACACACCAGUUUCUCUUGUGCUGCAAAGAAAAGUUCCUUCUGAUAAUGGAAUUGGGAGAUUUAUGCCCCGAACAACUCAACUGCAAGAGCGAAAGAGAAAGAGAGACCAAGGCAAUCAAAUUGACUUCAUUGGAGUAGACUCAGAUAGUACCAAAGUCAUUAUUGGUCCACAGCUACCAGAAAUACCAAAAGUGGACAUGGAUGAUGAUUCAUUGAAUACUUCAGCAAGUUUAAUUCGAAAUAAACUUACAGAGGUAGCAGUUUCUGUUCCAAAAUCAUUUGGGGAAAAGCCUGAGGAUACUCAAACAAAGCAACCGCUAAAGCAGAGAAGAAGAAUAUAGAUAUCCCUGGCAGCAUCUUUGAUGAUCAUCUGCGUUUAAAGGAUGUAAUUUCAAUUGUUUUUUAUUUUUGUAAUGUCAAAGGUAAAGAAAUAUUAAAAUUGUCUGUAUAUUAUGUAUUUUCUAGCAGUAGCAUAAACAUUCCUGAUUAUAAAUCUUGUAUUUUUUGACAUUCAAUUAAACAAAUGUCUAAUUAGUAGCAUUCUUGUAUCUCAGUAGCCAGACACACAGAUAAUAUUUUAUACCUCAUGAAAC